CAUAUGAAAGAGCAUUAGCAGAGUGUUUAUUCCUCUUCUGUGGGACAGCUGUUCAUUUCUGAAACUGUAACUACUGUGUUAAUAGUGAAGAUUAAUUUCAGUACCCUUCUAGUAGUACCGUACAUAGGAAAUGCAGAGAUGAAGCUGAGCAUAUCACAUUGAAAUGUUGUCACAAGCUCUCCUGAAGCAUAAGGAAUGACUUAGCUCAGUACUUCCUUAAAUUUCUCAGAGACUCAAAGAUGGCCAUGCGUUAGAGGUGUGUACAAGUGAUGCAGUUUAUCUGCACAUUAACCAGGCAUAUAUACAAUAAGUGGUCAAACCUGAAUAGUCUUUGUACAGGUCAUCACAAGAGGAUUCUUUAUUUCCCUUCAAAUUCAGCAACCAUGUAGGUGAUUAUAUCAGUUUAUCUUUACAUGUUCGAUGGAGAAAUCUUCGGACCCGCUGCAGCGAACUGUAAACCGCGAAAUGCCAAAAUCGCAAAAACUGAAGUGCCAAAUUAUGAAAUGUCGCCCCCUUUUUGGCUCAUAGUAGCACAUGUUUCAGCGGUGGUGCGUUUAGAAAUGUCGAAAUUCGAUUAUUUUGCGAUUCGGGAAUUCGGCUUUAUGGAAUUCACAUAUCUGGUUCACGGAUGUGCACGUACAACCAUUUGACUUUCAAACAUGUAAAGGUAAACCGAUUAUAUCAGUUAGGCGGCACAGUUCCGUGGGUGGGUGAGGUUUUUGUCCCUCACUCAAACAUCUAUUUCUUGUCAUAAUUCAAAUGCUGUUAGAAACAGCUUACCUCAUUCAAAACAGCUUACAGACUUCUAUUUUUCAAUUGCAUGUCGUAGACUCGUGUCUAAGCCAAAUACAGGAAGCUCUGGAUGGAAUGUGAGAAGGGACUUUUCUUACAUGCGGAUGAGCAGUACUGAAUUGUAUUAAACAUUUCUAUCCCAGACAAAACUUGGUGGAAUUGGAGAUAAACUAUAUACAUUUGGAACCUGUCACAGACUUUUGAGUAGCGUAAAGAACAUGAGACCUUGUUGCCAUGGCUACUGGACGCGCACAAUUAUUUAAAGUGAACAUAGAGCAAGGAAGAGAUGGCCAAAGGAACUCUACAAUGGAGAAUGGAAGAAGGUACACUGUAGUUGAGGAGCAAAGACAAUAAAGUAUAACCGGGGCCGAUGCUAGCAUUUUGGGGGCCCCCAGCAAAUAUCAAGUCAGGGGCUCCGCUUAGCACUUCUAGUCUAAGUGCUACAAACUUUUAGAAGUAAGCAUAGCCAUAUAGACAGACCUGUAGCAGCGUGUAAUGUGUUAGUCUUAUGUGUGAUCCCUGCCGGCCUGUUCAUGUCAGAGUGACAGGUGUUUGUUUUGGGUGUUGAACUUUAUUCUUUAAUUUUAUAUUAUCGUCUCAUAUAGACAAUAAUUAUGCCCAAGCGUCAAUGUAAGUUUAUGGAGGAGUAUUCCAAAGAGUAGAACUAUAUUAAAAAGGGACGCUAUGACAGUGAAGCCGAGUGCACAGUUUGCAAUAGUGUUUUUAGUAUUGGUCAUGGUGGACGUUCAGAUAUAAAACAACACAUCACAUCAGUGAAACAUAGGAACAGACUGAGUGCCCCAAGUAGCAGUAUGUCUCUUAACAAUUAUUUUAUAAAACACAAUUCUAAUGAAGAAACGAAAGUUAGAGCUGCUGAACUAACUCAAGCCUACCAUACGGUAAAGCACCAUCACAGCUUUAGGUCAAAUGACUGUGUCAACAAGUUAAACAGCACUAUGUUUAGUGACUCAUCAAUUGCAUUAAAGUUUAGCUCUGCCAGAACAAAGCAAUCAGCCCUGAUAACUGGUGUUUUAGCUCCAUUCAGCAUGAAAACUAGCAGUGAAGAGAUAAAUAAAUCCCCUUUUUAUGGCAUUUCAACUGAUGCAAGUAAUCACAAGGCUAUAAAAAUGUUUCCUUUUGUAGUUCAGUUUUUUGACAUAAAUCAAGGGAUAAAGUCAAAGUUACUGAAAGUAGCUUCCUUGCCAUGUGAAACAUCAGAUGAGAUAUCUAGUUUCUGCUUGAACUGUAUUGAUGAAUUCAAGUUAAAUAAAAACAGUUGCAUUGUGUUUUGUGGUGACAAUACCAACACAAAUUUUGGUGGUUUGAUCAGAGUGGGAAAAAACAAUGUAUUUACAAAAUUAACAACUAAUUUACAUGGUGGUAUUGAAGGUGUGGGUUGUCCUGCAUAUGUACUACAUAACUGCAUAUGUGCAGCAGCUGAUAGAUUAAGCUGUGACAUUGAAGGUAUUGUUGUCAAACUCUUCUCUUAUUUUUCUAUAUACGCGGUGCGAACGGAGAGGCUAAAAGAUUUUUGUGAAAGGGUCGACGUCGAAUUUGGCACUAUUUUGGCAUAUUCAAAAACUCGUUGGCUGUCUUUGAUGCCUGCAAUAGAACGAAUUUUAAAGCUGUUUGAUGCUUUAAAGGAUUUCUUUUUAAACAAGGAAAAAGCUCCAAAGAUUUUGUUAACAUUUUUUAAUAAUCCUUUAAGUGAGGCAUACCUAUGGUUUAUCCAUAGCCAACUCAGUAUUUUUCACCAAGGAAUUAAAAAGAUUGAAGGAAGUACAAAAAGUGUUAUGGAAGUCAAUGAUGUAUUGGAAUGUACUCUCAAAGCUCUGACCAGAAGAAAAGAGGAACAGUUUUUAUCAUUUAGUGUAAAAUCCAUUCUUAAACGGGCCAAUAUUACGCAACAAGACAAAAUUAACUUCAAAAAUGAAGUUAACGAGUUUUAUGAAACCUGCCUACAAUACCUUAAAAAAUGGAGUGUACCAUUCUCUACCUUCUCAAAAUUCAAAUGGAUGCUUUUGAAGGACAUCUCCAGUUGGGAACAAAUUGAAGAAAUUAUUUGUUACUUCAACGAAAAAAGUAUUGAAAUAAAUGAUACUUUGCUAUUUGAUCAACUGGCAUCGUUAGCGGAUUUUGUAAGUGAAAAUAUUAAAGAGUGGACUGAUGAAGAUAAAAAAAAACCUCAGUGUCACGAAAAGUGGGUUUGUUUUUUCAAAACCCAUACUAGGCCAGAACAGAACUCUGAAUUUUUGAAGAUAUGCCAAUAUGUGUUUGCGAUCCCUGCCCAUAACGGUAAUACUGAAAGAAUCUUUUCGCUCAUGAACAUUCAAUGGAUGGACGAAAGAAACAAGAUGAGACUGGAGACCCUUUCUGCAAUCCUGCAAGUUCUCUACAAUUUCGAAAUGGACUGUUAUAGUUUUUACAAGUUUAUAUUAGAUAAGAAGGAGGUUUUAACAAUGGCUGGGACAACAGCCAAAUAUCCUCAAUUUAAAUCCUAGACUAGUGAAAUUUAAUUUGUUGUGUUGUAUUAUGUUGUAAAAUAUAUAUAAAUA